ACAUCACCACGGAUACGAAGGGGUUAUUCCACCAUGAUUGCCACGGUCCAGACCGCGGUCCGUUCCGGAGCCUCGCCGAGGCACUGGCCGCGCUCAGAGAGUAUGCGCCCAGGCCAAAAUCGAGCCUGCCUGGACUGCUCCGUUUCCAUAGCGCUGAGGCGUACGGGCAAGUAUUCCCGCUGAUGGGGGAAAGCCUGCUGUUUUGCACACCAUGGUCCGGUUGGAAGUAUCAUAUGGCCUUGAAGGGUGGCUUCUUUCAUGUCUAUCCUCCUCACAUUGGCGGGCCUUUUCGAGGCCUAGGUGAAGCUGUCGCUGCGAUUGAGCGCCAUCGGGCUUCCCUUGCUCCGCCGCCUGCUGCCCAGGCCUCCCUUGCUCUGCUGCCUGUUGCCGAGGCUUCCCCUGCUCCGCCGCCUGCUGCAGAGCCUUCACUUGCCGCGGCGCCUGCUGCCGAGCCUUCCCCUGAUCCGCAACCUGCUGUUGAGGCUUCCCUCGCUCGACCGCCUUCUGCCGAGGAGGCUUCCCUUGAUCCACAACCUGCUAUUCAGGAUUACUUUGCUCUGCCGCCUUUUCCCGCUCUGCCGCCUUUUCCCAAGGAGGCUUCCCUUGAUCAACCACCUGCUGUUGAGGCUUCCCUUGAUCAACCACCUGCUGUUGAGGCUUCCCUUGAUCCACCACCUGCUGUUGAGGUUUCCGUUGCUUCGCCGGCUGCUGCCGCCGCGGAGGCUUCCGUUGCUUCGCCGGCUGCUGCCGCCGCGGAGGCUUCCGUUGCUUCGCCGGCUGCUGCCGCCACGGAGCCUUCCCUUGCUUCGCCGCCUGCUGCCGAGGAGGCUUCCCUUGCUUCGCCGUCUGCUGCCGAGGAGGCUUCCCUUGCUUCGCCGGCUGCUGCUGAGGCUUCUAAUUCACUAACUUAUGACUGGAGAGCAGAGGAACGAGAGAAAGGUCGCCAACUCAAGCUAUAUCUGUCUCAGCUUGACCCUGAUGAAUGCUUACGAUCUGUGAAGGCAACAUUGGCUAUGAUGAAGAAUCACCCUAAAAAGGAUAACAAGGCCGCUAAACAACCUAUAGAGAAAAGUUUGAUGGCUAGUGCUAGAGAGAAAUUAAAACCAACAACUACUGAUGAUCCGGGUAUCCUGGAAGCAUGCUAUCGCUUUGAAAGACUUAUGGAGGAGAAAGAAGCAAGAAAAAAUGGAAUGAAAUGGAUGAAAAAGGAGGUUCUUCGAGCAUUUGAAAACUAUAAAUCAGCAGAUAAAAAUCUUGAGUACGAGGUUGUGAUGAUUCACUCCCAGUGUCUCAUAUUUGACACCUUCUCAAAAUCAUACCAUCACUACAAUUUUACAAUGAGGACAAGACAGUCUCGGUCAAAGCAUUGGAACUACCAGCAAUUCUUUGCUGAAGCCAAAUCCAUGGAGGGUAAAACGCAGUACUUUUGCAUCCCGCUGCAGCCUAGUGAGCAUGGUCAUUGCUUUGGAUGCCGGAAGGUUGGCGUUUCUCUUAGACAUCCCGAGAGUGGCGGCUAUGAGAAGGGUAAUUCAGGCCCUGGAUUUCCAUUUGACACUGAUAGUGAGAGUGCUGACUGACUACUAGUGGAUUUCCUCGAUCGCGUGGGCGUCUCCACUGAAAUUAAUCUGAUGCAAGAUGAUUCACAUGAGUUCUUUUUAGGAAGAUUUACAUGAGGUUUUAGUUGACUUAAUCUAAGUAUUAUGUAGUCGUCUGAUUUACUAAAUCAUCUAGCCUACCUUUGUUGAUUGGAUUUGAGAUAGCUUAACGCCCAUGCCGAGCGGUCAUCUAGCCUACCCUUGUAUCUUGUGGAUUUGUGGAACCUUAUGCUUGGAUUUUAGGACAUCUAGAUUCAUCUUAUAGUUAUUAUGGACUAAUUACAUCCAAUGGAUGCAGUAUUGUUGUUAAUUGCGACUA